AUGACCCCUGUUCCACCGAGAGCGGAAGAGCCAACAGUUAAAGUUGAAGAAGCUGAUUCAGAUUUGGCUCAAUAUGAAAGAGAAGGUUGGUCAGUGGGUUUCGAUGUAGAGUUUCAUGGAACGGGAAUAGAAGUUGUAGCAGUUAAUGAAUCAGAUUCCAGUUUUUCUAGCGACGACGAAGACGAUGAAGAUAAUGAAAGUAAAGAUGAAUCAGCCGAGAGUGGCGGUGAUGAUCCUUAUGCAGGGUAUCAGCGUGUUCCUAUAAAUGUUUCUGCAGAUCAGGUAGAAUCAGGCAGUUCAGAAGAGAAAUGUGUUGUUACAGAGUUAGAGAAAUCUAAUCAAUUUCCAGCAUAUGUUCCCCCAAAGGUCAAAGCCGAGUUUGAUAAGUUGUUAACAUCACCACCUGUUUAUGAGCAUGACAAGCAAAUGUAUAUACCUAACGAUAUUCCAUUAGAUGAAGAAAAAACUCUUCAAAUCAAAAAAGCUAUGGCCGGUUUCACAUUGCAGCCUAAUGAGAGCUUCAAUACGAAAGAUUUAUUAAGUCUUGUUCAAAAGAUGACUCAAAAGUAA